AUGACUACAUUACUUGAUCUCCCACAUCAUGCUAUUUCCAGAAUCAUAUUUGAAAGAUGGAAAAUGGACUACAAGUACCGAAACAUCCUUUCUAUCUUGUAUACUUGCAAACAAAUAUACCAUGAUCACUACUACGUCCUAUACUUGUUGAGACCAUUAGUUCUUGGAAACACUCCAUUUUCAACACCUUUGCAAGGUUUACAAAAGUUGGUUCAAAUUGGAGCGUGUUGCAAGAUCAAGACACUUUACUUGAUUCAGCCCAACAAGCAACUUAUUCUGCUGGUGACAUUAUUUAAGAGUUUGGUAUCAGUCUCGAUUAGUGCUUCCUUAAACGAUAUCCUCAACGCCAUGGACAAGUUACCCGCAACAGUGACAGAUUUGACUUUAUGCAUGACCAGAAACGGAAUGAGGUUAACCAAAACACAAGCUCUUACUGUGCCCCAAUUAAAGCUUAAAACAUUGAUAUUUCGAUCACUUUGUUGCAUUCGAAGAGCGAGCUUGUCAUCCUUCUACGACAUGAUCAUGAGACCUAUAGCUCGAGGUGUUGACGACUCAAAAUAUUACAAGACCAACUCACCAGGCAAAUCGGUAUGCGAGUUAUUAGCAAAGUUGAUCCACGGAAGCAUUUCAACGUUGAAAUUGUUGGAUCUCGAAACAGUAAAUGCAGGACAAGUUACGGCGGUUGUGGAGGAGCUCAUUCGUAAGGCGCGUACAAUACACAAAAUACAAGUCAUUACAGUGGAUCAACUUGGCUCAAACUUUGACACGGCUUUCAAGCUUCUCAAAAUCUGCCGCAAAUUGCGCUACAUCAACAACCCCUUGAAUCUUGAGUAUAUCUUGCAUCGAAAUGAAGACGGAACCGUGGUUCAAAAGCUCGUCGCUACCAAACCUCCAACAAACCUGCUGUAG